AUGAGUGACGAGGAACAGACAAACCAACUCAUGGAUGGCUCGAGUCCACUAACUCAGACAUCAGCCGGCAAAAAACCCCCUCGGAUGCCCAAGUGCUCCCGCUGCAGGAACCACGGUUAUGUCUCACCUCUGAAGGGACAUAAACGGUUUUGCAACUGGAGAGACUGCCAGUGUCAGAAGUGUAAAUUAAUUGCUGAAAGACAACGCGUUAUGGCGGCUCAGGUGGCUCUCCGUCGGCAGCAAGCCCAGGAGGAGGAGAUGGGGAUCUGUAGCCCCGUCAGUCUCACAGGUUCGGACGUCGCUGUGAAAAACGAGAUGACAGGAGACUGCCUGUUCUCUCUGGGCGGCAGGUCGCCCUCAUCCACUGGUUCUACUGCCUCCACCUCCCCUGCCGCCACUGGGAACCGUUCCUCCACUCUGUCGCCCAGUCCUGCAGCAGCCAGCAGGGGGCAGUCUGAGGGCAUGGCUGAUUUGCUGGUAGAUGCCUCUUACUAUAACUUUUACCAGCCCAGUCGAUACCCAGCUUACUACAGCAACAUCUACAACUACCAGCAGUACCAGAUGCCCAGUGGAGAUGGUCGUGUGCCCAGCCAUAGUCCAUCCUCUCAGUACAGGAUGCAUUCGUAUUAUCCCACUGCCUCGUACCUUGGACAGGGCCUGGGCCCCACUGCCUGUGUGGCCCCCCUCUUCACCCUGGAGGAGAGUACUGCGUACGCAGAGCCAAAGCCAGCCACGUUUUCACCUGAUGGAGCACAUGACUCCAGCCUGGCCUGCCUGUCCGUCACCUCUGUGGUUGGCCCAGAGAACAAGCCUGAGUGUGAGGCCGCUUCUGAUUCCGGAUCAUUCUCUGUGAACACUAUCGGAGAGGAGCCUUCGAAGUAA